AUGCCAGGCGUCAUCAUGGACCAAAAUACUGCUUGCGGACAGGGCCCAGGCUUGCGUGAUAAUGUGAAUAGCAAUCAAUUCACCCAGAUGAAUUCCAGUCACUCAGGAAAUGCUGUUGAGUUAAAGAAUGGGCUGCUGCACACAAACGGAUUUCGGAAUGUUGAGCAGUAUUCUGACACUGAGACUGCUGAGACAACAACGGCGUCACCUACGGCAAAAACCCCGCCAGAAUUGCAGCAUAUUACCGAAGGUUUUUUCCCAUUAUCGAAGUUGGUCAACAGGUCCGUACAGCAAUGCUGGAACGAUCUAGCGGACUUAGUGGCUGAGCUCGCGGGGAUUGAAAUACCUUCUCAAGCCUCCAAUACCUCGUCGAUGGUCGUCAAUGGAAAGGUGCCCGGAAAUCAGUCCCCGGAAAUUGUGCGAAAAAAGCUUCGCGCUUUAGAAUUUACUCAGGCCAGGCGCGAGGAAUUUAUUAAACUCCUAGUACUCUCGCAAUGGAGUCGUCAGGCUUCCGACGUGAGCACACUGAUUGACAUCCAAAACUACAUUCGCACACAACACCAAGCGUACGCGGCAGCUUUACAAUGGGUAGGAGAUAUGAAGAGGGGUUUGGUACGAGCACAGGUCGCAAAUCCGGAUUUAAGGACGGCAUUAGAGGUGUUAUCAAAAGGCGAGGUUGUCUCCAUGCCUGAUCUCGGCUACAAACCUCCAAAGACUUUAACACCAAAAUCAACUCUGAGGAAACUACGAAAAAUCAACAGAGUUAUCAGUGCGAGAUUAGCGUUGCAUGAAAAUGUUCCUCUUUCCUUCCAGACCUACCGGAUUCAUAACGGGCGAGUCACGUUCCUUGUUCCCGGAGAGUUCGAACUUGAUUUAUCCAUUGGAGAAGAGGAUGCGACCUCCCAACUUUUCUUCGUCGACAUUCGCUUUACAUUCAAACCUUCACCUUCGGUUCCCGCGGGUCGAUUGUUUAGCGAACUUGAUCUCAAAGUCAAUGAUAUUCUCCAGAAUAGUGGAUUACCCGGAUGCUACGACUGGCUGCACAGUCUUGUACUGACUAAUAAAAUCAACAUUCUCGCCAAACAAGCCUUAAACUUGACUAGGAACCUUUGGGCCAACGUCCUGCGCAUCGAAUUGUUACACCGGACGCUGGUUUUACAGUACUGGUCAUCAAAACCCGGCGCAAAGAGCUGGCUUGAGAUCGGUAUUCGACAUGGGCUUCCGCCGAAUAAUGCUGAUGGGCAGCACUCGCCGGCUUUAGGUUUACGCUGGAUAAGGGACGGGCAAGAAGUGAACUCAGAAAGUAUCGAUUUCGAUACAGAGAAUCUUUCGGUAGAGUAUCUUCUUCGAAGUGUUACUGCUUUACAUAUAUCACAUAUACUGUCUUCGGCCUUCAGAAUAAUCGGCCAGAAGCUCUUAUACUCGAAUGGCUCAUUGUCUUUGCAAGGCCGCCUCACCAAAACUGAGCCUGGGCACUGUCAGCUUGAUGUUCAAUUGACAGCAUCUCGUCAACUUCGAGUUGGAAUCGAUCCCAUGUCGGGGGUGACUAUUCUAGCGGCUACGCCAAACACUUUAGAACGGGUUGACACCGAUCGCAACACGGAGCGACCGAUCAUUGACGAUAUAGUGUCUCGUGUUACCCAACUUCGCUGCGCUGCAGCAAUAGAGGAGAUAGAGUCCCAAGUCAAGAUGUUUGGGUUCGAAUCCGUUAGCCCCAGGAAUGUAAAAAUUGAUGCGCGAAAGGUGUUCCCAGCAAACGUUCUACGAUUUUCAUUUUUUUGGCAUCGCCUCUGGGAUCAUACCUGUAUACUAGCGGCAACGAGUGGUAUGGAUGGUGACAAUUGGUGGGUUGUUCAAACUCGGUUCGCGGAUCCUACAACAGUCAAUCGCAGAUUUGAUACAACAGUGCAUGCCAACUCUAUUAUUUGCUCAGCGCAGGUUAUUUGCAAUACAUUAUUUCCGGCACAACAAACAGGCCAUUCCCCACUCGCCGACCUGGGGCAUUGCCUGUCAGGGUUCCUGGCUAUAUAUGCCAAUGGGCGCUUUUUGGAAGAGUUGCAGUUUGCAAAAAUCUUACCACCUCUGAAGCGGCUCAAGAUUGGAUAUGCUCUUCAAGUCCCAGAUCUCAGCAUUGAGUACGAAGCUACAAAAUUGCCCCAGGCACUUCAGAUAGCUCUGCCUCCUGGUUUUAAGAAGAAAGCAUUCGUCAAAAACACGCUUCGUUUGACAUUCCAUGGAGUCGAUCGGCACAGAAACGUCGCUGUAAUGGUGGCUUAUGGCAAAUUGUCAACUUCAUUCCAAAACCUCAGUGAUUUAAUCCCGAAAGAUGACCACUCGUUGGUCUUCCAGAAAGCAGGAUCAGGAUUUGCACUUCGUCUAAUUGCCUCACCUGGCUACCCUGUCAUUCUCACCCUCCUUGAAAGUUUGCAGAAACUUGAAUGUGUAUUAUCAAUUUAUGACCUCCUUCGAUUGAAGAAGAUGGACACGCGUUCUUUGUCAUUGUCGUGCAUUGGUUUUGCUUAUGGCCCUGACAGAGACCUUUUUGCACAACUUGAUAUCGGGGAGUCCAAACCUCAACUUUCUACGGAAACAGACCCUGCCAAGCUCGCGUCUAGAACGGAUCCUUUGUUCUAUCUUCGCCUGGGCAUCAAAUUUGAUUACUCGAAUCCUCAUCGCAGGAUACAAGGAGCUCUGGCCUCUAACCUAAACCGUCCUACUACCGAUGCUGGCCUAGACACUUUCGCCGAAUUACUGUCUUUCACCCUUCCUUUGAUGCGAGCCCUAAACAGGCUCCUGGCGAAUGUGACCCACAACGAGCCAUUGAAAGUGCACGUCACGGUACGCAGCACAAAGGCUUUUCAAAUUAAUUAUCCUCUUGAGCGAUGCCAAUUUAAAAUAACAGCCCACCAGCAUCAGAAUCAACCCGUCUGGGUGCUCAAGGAUUUGUCCAAUACUCAAAACGGAUCUGGCGAAAAUCCGUUCAAAUACAAGCUGCAAGAAAGCUUGUAUAACAGUAAAGGCCUUGGUUGGAGAGGACUGGGCAACGGGGCAGUCGCGAAACCUGAUGCCGUCGGAAAUCUAUUGGAUGAGCUCGACAAAUGCCUUGCCGCAAUUAGAGCCGAAUUAACUUCGAAGCCCCUGGAUAGCAAGCCUAACCCUAACAAUAUGAUCAACAACGAGCUUCAAAAUACUGUGCUUACCAAGCCGGCAGAAGCGUCUAUCGAUCCUUGUGAAGGAUCAGGUAACAGAAAUAAACAGCAAAAAAUAGGUGCUGGGCAAAAGGCAGAUAUCAUCAUGAUCGAUUAA